AUGGGCCAGGACCCUAAAGUCAAAUAUCUCCUGUCGCUGACUGCGGUUCGGCAACGUGCCAAAGUAGUUGGAGAUGCUGCCCAGGCUGGCCAACUCAACCACUUUGACCUCGACGAGACUCGAAUGGACGAGGUUGCAGAUUUUGUGACCUCUGUAAUCAAGCGCGAUUUCGGUCCCGACAGGUUCGAUACCAUUCCUCCGCAUGGGCGCUGGCAGCAUUUCGAGGCCGGCAAGGUGCCUCGCAUUGCAGACAUGAUUGAUGGUUGGAGAAGAGAAGCGUGUGAUGACAUGGAGAUUGCUCGUCGCUUGGUCGAUUUGUUUUUCGUCUCCGUCCUCCUCGAUGCCGGUGCCGGGGAUGGCUGGCGCUGGAUCGAACCUGGAACGGGCCGAACAUAUGAACGCAGUGAAGGCAUUGCCGUGGCCAGUUUGUACAUGUUUCAAAAGUUGGACUUUACCGUGAAGAAGGACGGAAAAACACCUCUGGUUGAUGGGAAAGCGUUGGAACAGCUGCCGGUUGACGUCCUGGUGGAAGGAUUUCAAACCUCAGAAACCAACCCAAUGCUGGGAGUUGGGUCUCGUACUGACCUACUAAGAAGGCUAGGGAAGUCGUUACUUGGUCAGUCCGACGUCUUCGGUGAAGAAGGCCGUCCCGGGAACAUUGUCGAUUACAUGACCAAGUCGACAGCCGAUCCCGCAAGAUUGGACAUCUUGGUGUUCUGGGACGUCCUCCAGGCUCUGCUCAUCCCCAUCUGGCCACAUGAUCGGACCACGGUUCAUGGACAACCAAUUGGCGACGCGUGGCCACUGAGGGUUUUGCAGAAACAUUUGAGAAACGCAUCUACAAAGCUCGACGACGUCGACGUUGAUAUCGACGACGAAAGCAACGCGGAAGAUAUCCAACCAUUCCACAAACUCACCCAAUGGCUCACCUACUCACUGAUGGUGCCAUUCCAGCGCAUCUUGGGCGUGCAAUGGACGAACGCCGAGUCACUCACCGCUUUGGCCGAGUAUCGUAAUGGCGGUCUCUUCGUUGACUUGGGAGCGCUCUCUCUCAAGAAAGAAGCGCUUGAUCGAGGCCUGAAAGCGUCUGGUGGGCCACUCCCUCUCUUCGAGGCAGGGGACGAUGUGAUCAUCGAGUGGCGCGCCAUGACGCUGGUCUUGAUUGAUAAACUAUACAGCAUGGUCCUCUCUCGAAUGGACCGAGUGCAUUUGACCUUGGCGCAGCUCCUGGAGGCGGGUACCUGGAAAUCUGGUCGGGAGAUCGCGGCACGACGCCGUCCAGACACCAAAUCCAGUCCCAUCCUCAUCGAAAGUGAUGGCACAGUGUUCUGA